UUUACCUCCUGGUUUGCUUUAUAUAAAAAAACAUUUUGGAGUAAUCGACUUUCUUGAAUUGGGUCAUACUUACGUAACUGUUUUUAUUAACAUAACAUCUUUGAUACGACUUUUAUUGAUAUUCAUGAAAAGCUACAAAAAUCUCGUGGGUGAUUUCAUAAAAAAAAUACAUUUGUUUAACCACAAACACCAUUCCGAGUACGCAAUGUCGACUUACAUCAAAGUUCACAAGGUAUCCCAUUUUUUUACAAUGUACCUAAAUACCAUGGUAUUCAUUGGAAUUAUCUUAUUCAACGUUACACCGAUUUAUAAAAACAUAUCGUCUGGUGCAUUUAACAAUUACAAAACAGAAAAUGUGACAUUCGAACACUCUGUCUACUUUGAGCUGCCCUUUGAUUAUAAGCAUAAUAUUAAAGGUUACUUGGUUAUUUUCUUUUUUGAUUGGUAUAUGUCAUUUGUUUGCUCCUCUUGUUUCUCGAACUUUGAUCUUUUAAUGUCAUUAAUGAUUUUCCACGUGUGUGGACAUUUGAUGAUACUAAUUGACAAACUAAAAAAAUUUCGGAGACCUUCGAGGAAGUUAUUAGUUAACAAUAUAGAAUAUGAAUGGUAUUCUGACGCAGAAAUGAAGCUCGUUUCCCAUGAUCUGCGAAACAUUAUUUUACAUCACAAUCUAAUAGCAGAAUUUAUAAAGAAAAUGUCUCAAACUUUUGGCCCUAUAUUAUAUCUUUAUUAUAUGUUUCAUAUUAUAAAUGGAUGUGUAUUACUAUUGGAAUGUUCUCAAAUGAGUGCGGAAGCUUUAGCUCGUUAUGGUACACUAACAUUCGUGGUUUUUCAACAAUUAAUUCAAAUUUCAAUCGUAUUUGAGCUACUAGGAAUAUCGAAUGAUAAGUUAAUUGAUGCUGUAUACUCCGUGCCUUGGGAAUGUAUGGAUAAAUCAAACAGACAAAAAGUUUAUAUAAUUCUUAUGAAAACUCAAAGAACACUUGCAAUUAAAGCGGUAGACAUGGUGGACGUUGGAGUACAGACUAUGGCGUUGAUAAUAAGAACAUCGCUGUCUUAUUUCAUAAUGUUACGCACAUUCUCGAGAGAAGACACACUGUGAAGAUCGCAAUCUAAGCGUACCUAGUAAUAUUAUCUUACAUUUUUAAACUAUUAACACACUUAACACUUGCUGCAAAA